AUGCUUUUCAAGAUUAGAGUAUUUGUAACUGCGCCCGAGAAGCAACAAAGGAUUGUCGGUGGAUCCGUUACAAUAAUUGAGAAAUAUCCUUUUGCUGCAUCUUUAUUGUACUCGAGGAAUUUAUUCAUCUAUAGGCAAGCUUGUGGUGGUUCCAUUAUCAGCAGUAGAUCAAUCCUUACAGCGGCUCAUUGUGUGGACGGUGACACACGUGACAGAUGGCGUAUACGUGUUGGUUCCACGUUUGCCAACAGGGGUGGUACAGUUCACAACCCUUAUCGGCUCAUCAUCCACCCUAACUACAACAAUCGCACGCAUGACAGCGAUGUCGCUUUAAUGCUUACAGCCAGUAUCUCUUUCAGCGACCGUGUUCGAGUUGGCACUAUGGCUGGUUCCAGCUAUAUCCUCCAUGACAAUGAGGCUGUAUGGGCUGUUGGAUGGGGAACAACUGCGGUCGGAGGAUCUAGUUCUGAGGAACUGCGCCAUGUUCAGGUCUGGACUGUCAACCAAGCCACAUGCAGAAACCGUUAUGCUGAGCUAGGCAAGACUGUUACAGACAACAUGUUGUGUUCUGGAUGGCUUGAUGUCGGCGGCCGUGACCAGUGUCAGGGUGAUUCCGGCGGCCCUCUAAUUCACGAAAUCACACAAUCCCACGCAGCUAUUGUUGGUGUAUGCUCUUGGGGUGAACAGUGCGCUCUCGCCCGAUACCCUGGUGUCAACGCUCGCGUUUCGCGCUUCACAUCCUGGAUCCGAUCAAACGCUUAG